GGUGAGGAGUCAAUAUCCCCUCUCCCACCCCCAAGAUCGAUCACCAAGACAGUCACAUCUGGACUCACUCAGGAUGAAGACACGAAGACAAACUCUGCAACAGAAAACACGAAGAAAACAGAGCUGCAAACAGCUGCAGAGACAGAUGCUCCAAAACAAGACUCUGAAACACUGUGUCUGCAGGACACCAGUCAGUAUGUGCUGAGUGAGCUGGCAGCGCUGGAGACAGAGCAAAGGCACAUCGACAGCAGAGCUGCUGUGGUGGAGCGAAGACUGCGGAGCCUCAUGGAAACAGGAAGUGACCGUAAUGAAGAGGAGAGACUGAUCCAGGAGUGGUUCACACUGGUGAACAAGAAGAACGCUCUGAUACGCAGGCAGGACAACCUGGAGCUACUACAAGAGGAGCAGGAUCUGGAGCGGAGGUUUGAGCUUCUCACCAGAGAACUGCGGGUCAUCAUCGCUAUAGAAGACUGGCAGAAGUCGCCCACUCAGCAGCAGAGGGAGCAGCUGCUCCUCCAGGAGCUGGUGUCUCUGGUCAACCAGCGGGACGAGAUCAUCAGAGACAUCGACGCCAAGGAGAGAGGGGCACUGGAGGAGGAUGAGCGACUGGAGCGUGGUCUGGAGAUGAGGAGGAGAAAAUACAGCAACAAAGACAAAUGUGUCCUGCAGUGAGAAGACGGGACAAUAACAACCAGAUUUGACUACUGAGCCCCUGAAGUAGUGUGUUCAUAAUUUUACAUGAGCAGAAUGGAAACUGAUUUUUCUUCCUUUUUUAGUGCCUUGAUUUUCCUGAAGAGCUGCCAGAUUGAGGCUGAAAACCUUUUGUUUAUUCAUGUCAAAGUUGAAUUAUUUUCACCCUGUCUUAAUGUAAUGCUAUUAUUUGGAUUCUAUUCACCUGUUUUUAUUUAUUCAAAUGAUGUGCCUUUAUUUUUAUUGUCGUACAUCUGUUGCACACGUGGUGUUUUUGUGUGUUUGUGUGUUUGUGUGUUUGUGUGUAUGUUCUGCUGUGUUGGUUCAGUAUUUAAACACUGGGUUUUGUGUUAUUUUUUGAGGGGAUGGGUUUCCCCUGUUAUCAUGAUAACAACAUGUUAAAAUUAAAACAGAAAUGUGCCAAAUCCUUCAUGAUGAAUAGUUUACAGCUUCUUAUCUUAUAUGCACAUCAAGAAAUCUGUUCCAUUUUUGCUGGUAAUAUCCUUUUUUCCACAAUGAGAGAUUUCUGCUAACACACCAAUUACAUUUCAGAUACAAACAUUGUAAGUGAGAAAUCCUGAGCUGGACUCAAACCCACAACGUUGUUUGUACAACUGCAAUGUGAUGCCAAUGUCACGUUGUGAUAAAGUCUGAAAGCAUUUCCACUUAUUGCGAGGAUAAAAUUGUUUCUUUGUUUAGAAGUUGAAGGUUUUUGAAGUGUUUCUAUGUUAAAGAUAUCCGGCAUAGUUUCUUGUUUAAAGUAUUUAUUUUACACUAUGAGUGCCUUGAAUAAACCAUUCUGGUUAAACUGCUUUAUUCACAGAAAUGAACCUGUUCCUUCGGUUCUGUGUCGUUUGACUACUGUGUGCCUGCUUUAGGAGGUGUGCUGAUAGAGCGGUACUUGCUUCACAUCACCACUGUGUGCCCGUCACUCUGUAUAUUUAUGUUGAUGAAUGAUGUUGAUAAAUAAAAAUAAAUAUUGGUUGGUUGCUUA